AUGAACCCCGCCUUUCCCCCGCCCUCCUCCUCAGCAGAGGGGAGCCCCGCCCCAUGCUAUCUAGCGUCGGAACCCGAGUCCUCCUCCCUCACCUCGGCUCCGGCACUGGUGCUGGGCUGCUACUUAGCGGGAUCAGGCCCUCCGCAACCACGAGCUCUAGAUCCCCGAUUGGCAGUUGGCUACAUGGAGGAAACAAUUGACAACCUCUCCGUGGUGGUGCACGGACCCCAAGACCUGCGCCUGGAAAAAUAUCCAAUUCCGGAACCAGGCCCAAAUGAGGUGCUGCUGAAGAUGCAUUCGGUCGGAAUCUGCGGCUCUGACGUCCACUACUGGCAGCAUGGCCGAAUAGGAGACUUUAUUGUUAAAAGGCCAAUGGUGCUGGGACAUGAAGCAUCGGGGACUGUGGUGAAGUUGGGAUCCAUGGUAAAACACCUCCUACCAGGUGACAGGGUUGCCAUUGAGCCUGGUGUUCCCCGAUGUACCGAUGAAUAUUUUAAGAUCGGCAGAUACAAUCUCUCCCCCACCAUCUUUUUCUGUGCUACGCCCCCAGACGACGGGAAUCUCUGCAGGUUUUACAAGCACAACGCGGAUUUCUGCUACAAACUCCCUCAAAAUGUCACAUUUGAGGAAGGAGCCCUUAUCGAGCCACUCUCUGUGGGGAUCCAUGCCUGUCGGAGAGGGGGAGUCACUCUGGGAAGCAAGGUCCUUGUGUGCGGAGCUGGACCAAUUGGAAUGGUCACUUUACUGGUGGCUAAAGCAAUGGGCUCAGCUGAAGUGGUAAUGAUUGAUGUUAACUCUACUCGACUGGAAAAAGCCAAAGAAUGUGGGGCCAAUUACAUCUUGCAGGUCAAGGAGGAGAGCCCUCAGGAAGUUGCUAGUAAGGUAGAAAACCUCCUUGGACAAAAACCAGAUGUCACCAUUGAGUGUUCUGGAGCGGAGUCUUCUGUCCAGACCAGCAUCUAUGCCACUCGUCCUGGCGGGGUGGUGGUGCUGGUAGGAUUGGGCAAUGAGAUGGUCAGCAUCCCCUUGGUCCAUGCAGCAGCCCGGGAGGUGGACAUCAGAGGCGUGUUUCGAUAUUGCAAUACAUGGCCCAUGGCAAUCUCGAUGCUUUCGUCCAAGUCGGUGGAUGUCAAGCCCUUAGUCACCCACAGGUUUCCUCUAGAAGAGGCUCUGAAGGCCUUUGAGACAUCCAGCAAGGGAUUGGGGAUAAAGGUCAUGCUUAAAUGCGAUCCCAAUGAUCAGAAUCCCUAAUAUCGAUAUGACUUCUUGCCCUCCAUCCUCACUCCUCUCUGCUCAAAGACUCGCCAAACCAAAAUGCUUUGGAGGAGAUGGAUCUUUUUGUUGGAGUGAUUUAUUUUGAAUCAUUAAGAGCAAAUAAAAAGAACACAUUCUAACAAGA